AUGCACGAAAAUGACAUGACCUCGUGCAAUUCUUCACAGUUCUAUGAAGAUUCCGAAAUCGGACGAAAUGGAUUCACCAAUGGGCACAACAGUGGUGUGCUAAACGGACUGAAAAAGCAUUCGCCCAGUGAACUUAGUGCCAGCACGUUUGAGGAAGAAACAUUGGGUCGUACAAAUGCCAAACCGUAUAUGAUGCCAGACACACGACGGAACAGAAAUUCUCGACCCUCUUCACCCAAUUCACCUCCUCCGUUACCUCCACACAAUUUUCCGGGUGUCACGUCCACAUCAUCUCAGUCUUUAUCCCAUUCUAGUUCUGACGGAAAUUCUCGUGACGAUUCCGCGCCUAAAUCCACCGUGCGUUAUGAUUCCAAAGAGGCGAUCCGUCUGAUAUCAAGCACAAUCGAUGGUCAGAUUAAUUCGGUCUCGGAAAUGCUGGCCUAUUUUACCAAACUGGUCAAGGCGGAACGUGCCGUACAACAAGCGUUGUCGGAUUUGUGUCCAGAUACCGGGGAUAAUAAUCAUUCCACCUACCGCCCUGCGAAUGGUUUCCAAAGAUUUCUGUCCGGUCGUCGACGUGGCCGGUCUUCUCAUUCUGCUAGUACACAAAGUUUGAGUAAUAUUACGGCCACAGAUACGGAAUUGAAUAAGAUUUUGCAGAAUCUCGUGAGUUCUACAAAUCAGAAAGCUCGUGCCUAUUCCACACGGGCUCUUUUCCACAAACUGGUCACCGUAGGUCAACUGGAAAGUCUUAUCACAUGUCAUCAAUGUCUGAAGAGAACGUAUGUUGAAUUUGAGGGAGAACUGGAAACACAAGCUUCACAGCUCAUGGAACCUGUCACUGUGAUGAAGAGUAUCCCACAAUCGGCAGCCUAA